CAGAGACCCAGAGGGUCCAUAGCGGCCGCCUCCGCCUCUGCGCUCCGCCGAGGUUUCCGGCCUGUGUAGGGGGUGGGUCGGGGGACCCGCCGGCCUACCUAAGGGGAUCCGGACCAGUGAAAAUUCUCUCGGAGCAGUCGCGCCCAGCUGAGACGCACCGGCUUCAGGCGUAGAGCAAAGAGGAAGGUGGCCUGGCCACAGCCCUUACGACUGCCUGGCUGGCCCUGCCAGAGCUGGGUUGCAUCCUGGCGAUCCCCACGCAAGGAUUAAGGGCUCUCACGCAACCACCGUGGCUUUGGGCCCUGACUUCACUCCUCCCUUUCAUCCUUUGCCAGACUUAAGUUCCAGAACGUCAGCUGUUCCUGGGGCAGGCAGAGGAACCUUUGGAGGGCCCCUGUCUGGCUGGCCAGAAGGCUGCAGGCAAUUGUCUCCCCCCGUCACCUGGAACGUGACCCUUGUCAGAGGCCAGACAUGGGGAAGCUGUGGUCCCCCAAAAUGACCUUGGUUAAGUCCCUCAGGGCUCUUUUGGUGGAAAAUUCUGGGGUUCUAAGGAAAACCUGCAUGCCUCACUUUCUUCAAGCUAAACUGGGGUCUAGGCGAGGACUCUGGCCAUGGAGAGUGAGCCCGUCUCCAUUUGUCUCUGUUGCAGCAGGAAUAACUAUGACCUGGGCUACAAGCUGUACAGGGAAGGUGUCCCCUACAGGAUGUAUGAGUACCAAAGGAUCCCUCCGCUCAUCCAUCGUGUGCCUGUCAAGAUCCGGAGGACCCAGGUGGGCUUGGGGGUCAAGAGCAGCUUCAGUCCCCACAAGGGCACCAGAAAGAGCCACCUGCCCCGAGAGCAGAUAAAGCUCCAGACUGAGGAGCUGCACUCCAUCAGGGGCGAGCUGAGCCAGAUCAAAGCCCAGGUGGACCGUCUCCUGGAGAAUCUGGAAUGCAUGGACCAGCAGAGGGACCAGCUUCCGGGUGGAACACCAGCUGUGGACCCAGGCCACAUUCCCAGGUCAGAGGACAGUGAAGAAACCAAGGGCCCAGGCAGUAAGGGUUCCUCAUGCAGAAUCACUGACCCCCAGCAGGAGCCCAGGGGCCAGAGCGCCCAUCCGGAAUCAGACAGCGUUGAGGACAGCGCAGACCCGGAGGCGGCGGGGAAGAACCAUGCAUCAGACCUGGAGGGCAGCCAGUAGAAGGGUGGAACCCCUCCGGGCUCCUUCCCAAGUGGCUCCUUUGCUUGCCUCGUGUGGAUUCCUGAAGGCCUCUCGAAGGAGACUGUGCCGCCAGAGGAACGCGUUCUAGAAUGAGCACAGUGAAAGUGGAAGCAAGGCUCAGCCAGACCAGCCAGGAAGCCUCCCCCAUUAAUGGUGGCUUUUGCUUUGGAGGUCAUGUUUCCAGAUGAUAGGGGCCGAGAGGGAGGCCUGCAACUGCCUUAGCACAAGCUCACUGCGCUCACGAAGCUGAGGCCGUCUUGCAAGGGGCAGCUGCCCAGUCCCCCCUUGGACACACGUCAGCUCCCGGGGACAGCAGGUACUGCGCUGGCUGCUCUUCCCAUCCCCCUGCUGGUUCCCAGGCUGGCGCGUCCCGCAGCGGCCAGCCAGUGGUGCCCGGGAAACUCAUGUGCCUACAGGCCCCCUUCCAGUCUGAAACGGAACUUUAAGUUCCUCAGUGUGUGCCCCCACAAAACCCCCUCUAGUUCCAGACUCCUCACCUACCCUAUAAAGCCAUCCUUCAGAAUAGGGGUAUCAUUUUCACAUCCUAUUUCUAUCUUGUCUGUUGCUGGUGUGAUACUAUGUACUUCAGAUUGGCUCUGGAAAUACUAUUAUGUCAAAAGGGCAGAAAUAAAAUUUGUAUUUCUUUUC